AGGUCGAGAUGAGAUUCCGCAUGUAUGUGGGUCCUCAACAGGUCUGCUCGGAGUUCUCCGCUAUGUCUCGGUGUCUGAAGAAAUAUCCGGACCUUCCUGUGAAGUAUAAAAUGAAAGAACUCAUGGCCAUUAUUCAAUCCAGUCCUGUGAGCAUUAUCGUCGGGAGAACUGGCAGCGGGAAAAGCACUUUAGUGCCUCGAAUGAUUGCUGAUUAUCAUAUGGAGAUCAAGAAAUAUCCGUGGUCCUGCAAAAUUUUGGUCAGCGAACCACGUCGACUUUCCGUACUCUCUUUGCAUGGCUACAUGAAGAACUUCAGCUUCGAUUGGGAGAUGGGGCGCCUGCUCGGAUAUCACGUUCGUUCAGGAUCUGAAUGUCGAGCGACUAGCUUGAUUGAAAAAUUUCUUGCGCCUGUUGUGGACGUAUCUGGUAUCACCUUCUCGGUGGAACGGUAUUUUCUUGAUGAAAUUUGGGAAGCCUUGAACAUACAGAAAGCGGUGAAGUUUGACACUAAUUGUUUGAUUGACCAGUGCCGAGGAGAAGAAUCUUUCGAACUGUUGAAGGAAAUGCAUAAGAGAAUGCCUCGAGGCACGUUCCUGGUGUUUGCCGCUGGCGCAGUAGACGUAAACCUGCUUUCUGAGAUAUUUUCGGAAAAUUCCGAUUUCGCUGUUGGAACUCUGAAGAAAGAUUCAACUAAACAAGAUAUUCGCUUUGCCCUGGAGGAGAGCACCUCUAAAAGGAAGAUCAUCGUAGCAACUAACAUUGCCGAAAGCUCUCUCACCAUCCCGAAUGUCAUAUUAGUCGUAAACUUCGGUUUGACAAAAAAGUCAAUCUGCCUUGCUCAUGGACGAAGAGCGUCGAGCAAUCAGUGGGCUUCUAAGGCGCAGAACAUCCAGCGAGAAGGUCGAUGUGGCCGAUUAAUGGAUGGGACUGCAAUUCAUCUGAUGACAAGUGACUUCUUUGCUAAGCUUCCCGAUCACAACCCUGAAUAUGCUGGACAUGACCUGGAGAGGACAAUCGUGAGUGCUAUUUUCGCAAGUCGAGGAAACAGUACGCCUCGGAGCAUUCUUUCGGAAUGCCUCAAUGGUACACCUAGUUUGAUGAUCCACGCGGCGACGAGGAGACUUCAGAAUGCAUUCGCGUGUACAACCGGCUCCGAUCGGAUGGAGCUCACCGUGCUUGGAUCAUUGAUGCAUGCAAUGUCGCUCUCCCUGGUUGAAGCGCGCCUUGUUUUCUUUGGGAUGUGCUUCGGAGCGUGGCAAAAUAGUCUUGAACUCGCGGCGAUUCUUCGGACUGAUGUGCCGUACUUCUCUCCUCCUCCUCCUGCCGAAGCUCCCGAAGUCUUAAUAGCACGCUUGGAGUUGGCCGAGGAUUCGGAUUUACUGGCCCAUCUUGUCGCAAAGACUAAAAAUCCGCCUUAUGUCCGAUUGAAUCCGAUUGCGGUUGAAGCUGCGAAUAAAGCGUAUCACGAGAUUUUUUCGGCAGUUUUAAAAAUUGGAAAUCCAAGGCUCCCAGAAUGUUCAUUUCCUGAAACCUACUCCCGCAUGAUGUUCUACUUGCUGACCGCAGCGAGUGCGUAUCCGAAUUACUUCUACGGCAAGGCAGAAAACUCCCAUUGCGAUGCGACACCAGAUCAGGUGAAAAAGUCGUUGGUCUUCAAAUGGCAGAGCUUAAGUCCUUGCCGUAAUGCGUUGGAGGAUGAAAUCCGGAAAUUGUUCAGGAAUUUCAAAAUCGAGAGCUUCACUUGGACCGAACUCUCAGUCCGCGUGCAGUUUCUGGACACGGAGUCGAUCACGCGCAUUACGCAUCCUGCAGUUCUGUUCGGCAUGGCGCAUUGUCUGAAUACUAAAUGCAGACCUUUUGCCAAUUCCUCACACAAUGCGGAGCAAAACCAAGCUCGGAUUCAAGAUGUUCGAGGUCCUUAUUCCCCAGCUGCCUGCGAACUAAAGCCUUACGCCGAUGUAUUCGAGUCUUAUUACAAAUUUUCAAAACUCUCAGGAGUUUCGACUGUCGGUCUAUUUGAAGAGCAAAGGAUGUGCGCCUUUCUUAGAUGCGUUGAAUACGAGCGUAUCAGCCAAUUAAGGUAUGCUACAGUAUUUCCUCCAAUUGAUGGAUUUCCAUCGAUAUGCGCUGCUUUGUUCGCGCCUAAAGUUGAAUACGUACAAGAUGGCGGGAUCUGCUCGAAAAUCAUCGCGUAUCAUGCAGCAGAGACCCUGGGGUCGUCGUGGGUCAAAUUCAUGGAAAUUCCGACGUGUCUCUUCGACUACGAUGUUUCACGAAUCAACAUAGUUCGGAAACUCCUCGAACUCUGCAAUUCAGGAGAACGCAUGCAAAAAUUUUCUCCCCAGCAGAAAAAAGAGGUGCUGCAUCGAAUAGUAUCGCUCUCAUAUGAUGUACUAGUCUUCGGUGACCGAGUGUCUGUUCGUGCUGCGAAGUCUGGUUGGAAAUAUUUGCAUGCCAAGGAACUGAAACGAAAAUACGUUGAGCUAGAUCAGUUUUCGUUUGAUCUCUUGGAGACGUCUCCUGCGACAUGUCGUCUUUGCGAAGAAUCCUCACCAGGCAUCAUCAACAGCAAGUCACUUUUGCAGAAACACCUGAUGUCUGCAACGCAUCGGAAGAAUUUGAUGGCGUUGAAAGUGGAAUUAGAGCGAUCCGAAGUCAAUGACCAGAUUAUCGCUACGUUUUUCCUUUCCACGGACAUCCGAAGUGAUGAACCUUGAAAUAUUUUACUGUACUGUGGAACACUGUUGAAUUUGCCUGUCUGAUAUAUGUUCGUUCCAAAAGUUCCGUGGAGCUUUUUUUUCAUGGGCUGCAGUCAAUUAAGUGAUUACGUCUGUUGAUGCUCCUGUCCUGUGAUGAAAUACACAGAGUAUUAAAACAAA